UCUAGUUUGUCCAGACUUUGAACAAAGAGUUUAAAACCUCAAACUCAAAGCAUCAAAGGUAGAGGAAGAGCCACUUCAAACUAAAACCUUAAAAUUUGGAGCAAACACUUUACUUGUAAAGUUGUCAUUCUUAUCUUUGCUUGCUUCUGAAACAAAAAUGGAGGGUCAGGGAGAUAGAGGCUUGUCUUUGACUUUGUCAUCCCGUUUGUCACCUUUAGCUCAGCCCUUCAAUCCCCAAACCACUUUGAAUUUGUUGGCUAACUCAUGCCAGCAACCUUCUUCACCUUCACUAGGCGAUUCUCAAAGUUCUGACCUUUCCUUUUCCUUUCUGGGUUCCGUUUCUGAUCUCAAUUUGGAAGGAGAUUCCAUGCACAAUGUGCCCCUGGAUGCUUAUGGAUUUUAUGGCCAUCAGUCUGAUAUGUGUCCCCCAGCUUUCCCUUAUGAUUAUACCCCAGGUUGUGAUUUUGAUGCCCAAUCUUAUUAUCCACAGCACUCAUCAUUGGCAUUGCAAGGAAAUAUUGAGUCUGCUGUACCCUAUGAGUCAGACUUUGAUGCAAUGCCAUUAACCGAAUUUUCCAUGCCUAGUUACAACCAGAAUUUAUCAGGUUUGAUCCAUGUUGGCCAAAGGGCCGAUGAUCUUGAUUUGCCAUUUAAUACGGAACAGGACAAGACAAGUGAUCAUAAAGGGACUUUCUUUUGGAAGGAAGAUUCAAUGGCCUGUCAGAGCUUGCUGCUAAAGCAAGGAAAGCAUGCUGCUGAAGGGUUGAAGCAUUGUGGUGAAACUUCUGGCAAUAUUCAUGGAAAAUUAACUGGUAUGAUCUUAGGAGGAGAUAAUCAAAUCAAAUCUAUUGGCACAGAGCAAGUAAAUGCUGAUUUUUUUCCUGAGCAAAGUUCUAGGCCCGUCUCUUUUAAGUUUUCAACAUCGUCAGAUUUGUGCUCUACUGCAACACUCCAAAAUAUUCCUGAAGGUCAGCAGUCAUGUACAAUGCCAGUAGUGACAUCGAGCAGUUCUAAGUUGAAUGCUGCAUCAUACAAGGGAUCCUUCCCACGACUUGAUUCUUCCUCAUCUGAACAUACUUUUUCUCUACCAAAAACAAAUCCAUUGCCAGCUCAAUCCUUUGGAUCACCAUACACUAGCAGAACUGUUUCACCCUUUAAUCCCAUUCUGUCAGUGAAUGCGGAUUCUGUGGGCUUUAAUGCACUCAACAACAAUGAGAAUUCUACUGGUUGUACUCCAUUAAACCUAAACAAGCCGCAUGUCCUGCUGAAUGCCAAAUGCAAAGAGGUCUACCAAGAUAAAAGCUUGAUAGAAAAAGGUAAUGAACAAAAAAGUAACAAGCCUAUCGUUGUUAAUGGUGUGGAUUCCUUACUCACAGCAACAUCUGAGAUACAAACUACUUCUACCAAUAUCCCUGAUGAUUCGAUUCUGCAACCUCAUGUGAUAAAAGCUGGUGUUACUGUUGAAAGUUCUUCUAAGGUGCUGGAUGAGAAUGACUCUGAUUUGGAUUCACCCUGUUGGAAAGGUACCCUGGCUUCUUGUCGAUCUCCAUUCAGUGUUUCUGGGUCUCUGAGUUCACAACGUCUUGAAAAGGAGCUAGAAACAAGUUACAGUUUAAAUCCUCUGGCACCUCAUUUUUUCCCUAGUAAUGUUAAAGGAAGCCUAGACUGCCAUGAAAAUGAAUGUGGUAGUAGUGAUUUCUUAUCUUUCCAGAAGGGUGAAACUUCAACUGUUUAUGUAUCACCAAGACAACAUAGAAAUAUGGAUUAUGCCAAAGUGGGAUCACAUCCUUAUGAAUCAAGCGGUGGAAUUGACACUCAAUGCUCUGAUGACAUCUAUGAAGCAAAAAAGGAAUUUACUCUGCUCAAUAACUCAAGAACUAGUGCUUUGCUCGAUUCUGCUCACAUGGUUCUGCCAUCUCUUGUGAAAGACUGUACAUAUAAUGGAAGGCUUGUCACUGGGGCAAAUGUUGAAGACUCUUCUCAAGGAAUCAAAGAUGAUGUGCAUAGUGAUUCAACAGUGGUGCCUGUUCUUGCAAAUGAACAUGUCCUCAGUCCACCAUCUUCCCAAGUUGCUCUUCAUACUGAUGUAACUGAAACACAUCAGGAAGUAUCUAAGUCUUUGUCUACACCUCCUAAAAUAGAUGUUCAGAUAGUGAUUAAUGCCAUGCAGGAUCUGUCAGAGUUGCUUGUACACAAUUGUUCAAAUAGUUUACAUUCAUUGAAUGAGCAUGACCGUGACAUAAUUCAGCAUAUAAUCAACAAUCUUUAUCUGUUUACCACAAAUAGGGUUGGACAAAAGACACCAAUGCCUGAAACAACUCAAACAGGCAUUCCUUCCUAUCCUUAUAAAACAACAGAACACUGCAAGGUAUGGCAGCACUCCAGCAUGGAACUUAAACUAGCAUGGACAAAGACAAUGGCUGUUCCACAUGAGUCUGGCAAUCAGAAUUUCCGUGAGGGGCCAAAGAGUUAUUAUACCAUGUUCAAUGAGGGAGGCCUGAAUUCAUUUUGUUCAAACAGUGAUGUAGGCACUGAGAAGGGCAAUGAUAUCAUCCAGGUUGUUACAAAGGGAAUGAGAGAAAACCAUCAGAUUGAGGAAGAGGUGCAUCCACAAGCUUUAGUGUAUAGGAACUUAUGGCUUGAGGCUGAAGCCACAAUAUGUGCCCUGAAAUAUAAAACUCAUGCUUUAAGCAGGAAAUUUGAUGGGAUGGAUGGAUGCAAAUCAAUCAAAAACUAAGGUGCUAGAAGAGCUUGGGCAGAAAAACAAGAUGUCGGGAAAGCUAUUUGAUUGUGGGAGUUUGUAUUGCGGCAAGCACUGGCGCUUGUUUUUGAAUGCCAAAACUACAAAUACUGCACUUGUAUGUGCGAAUUGUAUAAGCGGUUUGUUUAAAGAUGUCAUAGCUUACAUUUGGGCAUGGGUCAUCUAUUUUAAGAUGACGGCCUCAAAUUUAUACAAGGAGUUUCAUAAGUCAUGCAUGUCUCAACACUGUCCAGUCUAUGUCAGACAAAAAUCUGGCUGAAACCUCAUCUUGUAAAGUUUGUUCCUUCAGGAUCUUGGAGAGGUGACAAACUUUUGGAGUUUUUAUUAGUGACAAGAUGGGAGGCUGUAAAAGAAGAUGGGAGUUGAACUUGAACUGCAACACCAUUAGUUUUUAGUUUAAUGGUGACAAGUUUGUCGCAGAGGCCAGAGUUAAUAUCUUGUGAUGAUGUAACUAGUUAACUGUAAUAUGUAUGAAGAAUGACUUGAUUUGCAAGUUCUGGGAAUGGCUCCAGCUUGUGUGAAUAACAUUAAUCGAAUUUGGUGCAUGUAAUGGUUUA